AUGGUCCACCGUUUACACAGAGCAGUGCUGAGCGCUCACCUCCACAGCAGCUUCCUUGAUCCCUGCCACACACAACUGAACGCCGACAGCACCCGCCUCACCAUGAAGCUGCUGAUGGUCCUCAUGCUGACGGCCCUCCCUCUGUACUGCUAUGCAGGUUCUGGCUGCCAACUGCUGGAGUUUUUGGUUGACAAGGCCUUUGAUCCUGAAGUGUCUGUAUCAGAAUUCCAGGAAUAUCUACAAGAGUUCAUAGACGGUGAUAACAGUGCACAGGCUGCAGCGGAACUCAAACAGUGUUUCCUCAACCAAUCAAACAAAACUCUGCACAAUUGUGGAGUGAUUAUGCAAGCAAUAUAUGACAGCCCUUUCUGUGCACUCUACUAACUUUAUACGGGACCUUUGACUCAGACACCACUACGACACGGAAGAUGGCCAGAAAACUGCUGCCUACUGCUAGAAACCAUGAUUUUUCUUAUUUUCUUUUUCCUUUGGAUCUUUUUUUGUGGAAACUGCAAGGCAACUGUUGAAAUCUCAAAUUCAUUUUCAUUCCAAUAAACUAACUGCAAGUCAUCAAG